AACAAACACCCUCUUCAAAAAUCUCUUUUUUUUUUUUUUUUUUUUCGCUUCUCUUCUGCAAAUUGGGUACCGAUUCUCUCUAUCUCUCUUUCAAUCUCGUAGUGUAUGUAUACAUAUGUGUGUGUGCGUACAUAUAUUUGUACUCACUGUCUCUUCCGUUUUCACUGGUAUCAUUUAGAGAGAGAAGUUGGAGAAACACGUAUGUUGUAAAGAUUGAGGGAAGAGUGGGGAGAGGAGAUCUUGGAUGAUUAUUUCUUCUUUUUCUUGUUUGAGAUUAACAUUUCCAUUUCAAGAAUUCAGAGAGGAUUAACUUUUGGAAAACUAAAGGAAACAGAAUCAAGAAGAGGAGAAUAGGAUUUGAAUUGAUUAGUGGAUUGAGGGUUUUUUCUUUUUUCUUCUGUGAACUUGAAGAGGUGAGGAUGAGAGUAAUCGGAGAAAUGGGUAAUAAAGAGAAAGACGAAGAGGAGAAAGGGAGAGACGCUGAACUCAACAUACAGUCUUCUGCUGAUAGUGUCGGCUCUCCGUUGCAGCAAGAGCUGAUCGUUGGGUACGCUUUGACAUCGAAGAAGAAGAAGAGUUUCAUGCAACCUACGCUCGAAGGAUUAGCCCGAAAAAAAGGAAUACUUUUUGUUGCCAUUGAUAUAAAUAGGCCACUUGCAGAUCAAGGCCCUUUUGAUGUCGUUUUGCAUAAGUUGUCAGGAAAAGAAUGGUGUAGACUUCUUGAGGAUUACCAACAAAAACAUCCUGAAGUAACUGUUCUAGAUCCACCAUAUGCAAUAAAGCAUCUACAUAAUCGCCAGUCUAUGUUGCAAGAAGUGGCAGACAUGAACUUGUCAGAUUUCCAUGGCAACAUUCGGGUUCCAAAGCAAAUGGUUGUCAUGAAAGAUCCAUUAUCAAUUCCUGAUGAAGUCACCAGAGCCGGUUUAAAAAUGCCACUAGUUGCAAAACCACUGGUGGUGGAUGGCACUACAAAAUCUCAUCAAUUAUUUCUUGCUUAUGAUCAUGUCUCACUCUCAGAACUUGAACCUCCUCUGCUUCUUCAAGAGUUUGUCAAUCAUGGUGGUGUUCUCUUUAAAAUUUAUGUUAUUGGGGAAACUAUGAAGGUUGUAAGGCGAUUUUCUCUACCAAAUGUUAGUAAUUGUGAACUAGCAAAAGUUGCUGGUGUGUUCCGUUUUCCAAGGGUUUCAUCUGCUGCAGCUUCUGCAGAUGAUGCAGACCUGGAACCUGGCAUUGCUGAACUUCCUCCAUGGCCUUUGCUAGAGAGGCUUACAAGGGAGCUUCGUCACCGGCUGGGUCUCAGAUUGUUCAACAUAGAUGUGAUUCGGGAGUAUGGAUCGAGAGAUGUCUUUUAUGUCAUUGACAUUAACUACUUUCCUGGGUUCGGGAAGAUGCCAGAUUACGAGCACAUUUUCACAGAUUUCUUUCUGAGCUUAGCACAGAGAAGUAUAAGAAAAGACAUGGAGCAUAGUUGUUGAAGUAAACAUAUACAUCGCGUAUCCAAAUACCUUUUUGGUGUAGCUCCCCUUGCAAAUUGAAGAGCAGUCAGAUUAUCAGGCAGCAGCAGUUGGGAUUAGUUUCUGCAUUUUUUCAGUUUUCUUUUUUAGCUUCUGUUAGUUUAACUGCUGAUAUGACUGUAUUGGUGAAUCCAAUUCAGUGUACAGAGAGGGGUGCGGGUGUAGGGGAUGUUUGAUGAAAUAUAGAUAUCACAUUCACAUUUGAUACUGUUUCAAAGAAAAUUUAAGCCUUAAUUGUUCUCCUGUU